AUGAAGCAAUCUACUACUCUUAUCUCUAUCAUUGUUCUAGUUUCCUUCGUUUUAUCUACAUGCUUCUCCAUACAUGCUUACUCUACUAGUAAUACGCACGCGACUAUGACGAUCAACAGCUUUGAGAAGGGUGGGAGUGGCGGAGGGCCAUCCGAGUGCGACGGAAAGUACCACUCGGAUGACACCCCCAUUGUGGCAUUGUCCUCUCAAUGGUACGCAAACGGGAAAAGGUGUUUCAAGAACAUCAAUAUAAACUAUCAAGGCAGGAGUGUGCAGGCAAUGGUGGUCGACGAGUGUGACUCCAGCAGAGGGUGUAAAGACGAUAUUGUGGAUGCAUCGAAAGCCGUUUGGAAUGCCCUUCAAGUCCCCAAAAGCCAAUGGGGUUGGACAGGAGUUGACUGGUCAGAUGCUUAA